UUUUGACUUCCUGCUGUUUUGAGCUUGCUUUUUAGCUUAUAUGAGUUAUUGUUGACCAACUAAACAUGAACAUCAACGCAGAGCCAGAGAACUUCACAACAACCACUGUUGAAGUUAAGGAACUCCACAAGAUGGCAAUGUUUCAUCAGAACAUGAUUAGAAAAAUUAACAGAAAAGUUCAGAAGGCAAAGGUUGAAAAUGGCAGAUUUUUCUCACCCAUCAGACUUGUCAGGAAACUCGACCAUUUAAGAAGUUUUCAAGACAUUGAAACAGAAGCCAAUCUGCUGCCAAGGAUCAAGAGCUUUACAUAAAAAUACUAAAACUAUUUCCUC